AUGGGUGCACAGAGAAACAUAGCUGGAAUAUUCGCCAGAGCAACUGGUCAGACAGAAAAUUCACAUAUUAUCAGUGCAUGCAAUAUUCUACAGACAAUUCUUACGGGUGGUGAAAUAUCCCGUGGAUACGUUGAAAAGGUUCUUGGCAUAGACUUGGGAACAACUAACUCAUGUGCUGCUGUGCUAGUAGAUGGGAAAAAUCCGAAAAUCAUAGAGAAUAUGCGGGGAAAGCGGACUACCCCAUCUGCCGUUGCAUUCAAUAAAGGGCAUGUUUUAGUGGGAGAAGAUGCAAAAAAGGCUGCUCUUAAUAAUCCACUUGGUCUUAUUACUUCAUCUAAACGGCUUAUGGGAAGAAAGUAUACGGAUCCAGAGACUAUUGAGCACAUGGAGACUGUCCCGUACAAGAUUGUACCCCACACAAACGGGGAUGCAUGGAUUGAGGUGGAUGGCAAGGCGCACUCUCCACAGCAAAUAGGCGCAGCGGUUCUCAAGUAUUUAAAGGAUUCAGUUGAGCAUGUUUUGAAAGAAAAGAUAGACAAGGCUGUUAUAACUGUGCCUGCAUACUUCACAGACUCACAGAGGCAGGCCACAAAAGUAUCUGGUGAGAUUGCUGGGCUAAAUGUGCUAAGAGUGAUAAACGAACCUACUGCUGCAGCUCUUUCAUAUGGCAUAGAUACUUCACAGGAUGGAACUGUUGCAGUAUACGAUUUAGGUGGGGGGACUUUUGACGUAUCAAUACUUGAGAUAAAGGACGGGAUAUUUGAGGUGAAAGCCACGAACGGAAACAGCCACCUGGGAGGAGAGGAUUUUGAUGCAGCACUUACAAAUUACUUAUUGGACAAAGUAGAGAAGGAGAAUAAAAUACAAAUUAGAAAUAGUCCUGUUGCUGUACAAAAGGUUAGAGAAAUUUCUGAGCAAAUCAAGUGUACACUCUCUGAAAAAGAGAAUGCCACUGUAUCUCUAGACUUACCUGGCAUUUCAUCAGAGGAGAAUAAAUCUGCUGGCUCUAUUCCUCUGUGUGUUACUAGAAGAGAGUUUGAAGAGUUGAUUUCUCCACUAAUUGAAAAAACACUAUCGCCCUGCAAAGAAGCUCUUUUAGAUGCAGAUAUUAAGAAAGGAGCAAUUGGUAAUGUAAUUGUUGUUGGUGGAAUGACAAAAAUACCUGCAAUCAGAAAAGCCGUUGAAAAGGUCUUUGGAAAAUCAAUCACGCCGGGUGUAAAUCCAGAUGAAGCAGUAGCCGCAGGUGCUGCUGUGCAGGGAGGCAUACUUGCAGGACAGAUGCAGGACUAUUUACUUAUUGAUGUGGCGCCACUCAGUCUUGGAAUAGAAACUCUUGGUGGUAUUUUCAGUAAAGUAGUUGAAAAGAACACUUCCAUACCCACCAAGAAAACCCAAACCUUUACAACCUCUGAAGAUGGCCAGUCCUCUGUCACAGUAAAAAUAUAUGAGGGAGAAAGGCCACUAGUCGCGCAUAAUAAAUAUCUAGGGGAGUUAGUCCUUUCAGGCAUACCUCCUCUUCCCAAAGGAGUGCCAAAAAUAGAGGUCACUUUUGAAGCAGAUGCAAAUGGAAUGUUUACAGUAACAGCAAAAGACAAAGAAACACAAAAGCGCCAAAAUAUUACAAUUAAACCGUCCGGCGGUCUUUCAAAAGAAGAAAUUGCGUCUCUUAUCAAAGAAGCAGAAGAUUCACGGCUUCUCGAUGAAAAAGAAAAACUUCUAAUAGAAACAAAACAGAAAGUGUCAGAGUAUAUCAAACAACACCAUGAAAUACGGAAAGGUCUUAAAAGCCCGAUUUCUGCAGAAGAUUCCCACAGAUUAGACAAUAAAAUAUCUGAUCUUUUAAGUCUUAUAAAGAAAUCCUCUACCACAAAGGAAGAAAUAGAAUAUCAUUUGUCGGAUCUGAGAAAGGAUGCAGGAAGUGUCUGGAGAAACCAUAAAUAAAUAAACUAAUUUAAAAACAAAAAAAUA